AUGAUCCAACGGGUUCUGACACCAUACUACUAUUUCCAUCAGGAUGUGGAUUAUCCUGAAAUUGACGCAUCUUCUUAUGCCGUGACAGAAGCAACUUACGGCAUUUUAUCACCCAGCAGUGGUUCACCAGCGGGUCGCGAUGUUCGUGGAAAUCAUUCUGCCCUCAUUCGGGAAAUGGGUUCUGCCGGCAUUGUACUGCUCAAAAACCUGAACUAUAGUUUACCGAUCAAAUCUGGCAAGGUCAUCGGAGUGUUUGGUAACGAUGCCCCAGAUACUGGAACGCCCACAGUCGGUGGAGGCUCAGGCAGUGGCCGCAAUCCUUAUAUCGUAUCACCACUUGAAGCCAUCAAGGCCCGGGCGAAGACAGAUGGUUCUCGAGUGGUCUACCUGACAGACAAUGAUAUGAUUACAGACGGAGAAUUCAGGAGCAUCUACCCUUGGCCUGAUAUUUACCUGGUGUUCCUCAAGGGCUGGGUCAGCGAAGGAAAGGACCGGACGACCCUGGAAGCAGAUUGGAACUCGACCAUGGUCGUCAAAAAGGUUGCGUCAAUCUGCUCCGGACGAACUGUCGUGAUCACACAUGCUGGCGGUGUAAACUCAAUGCCCUGGGUAGACGAUGAGAAUAUCACAGCCAUCCUCGCUGCCCAUUAUCCCGGACAGGAAUCGGGAAAUUCCAUCGUGGACAUCUUGUGGGGUGAUGUUAAUCCUUCCGGAAAGCUCCCCUAUGCCAUUGCCAGACGGGAUUCUGACUAA